CCUCCUUUGCUUCUCCUUCGCUUUCUCCUUCCUUCCUUCCUCCUCCUCCUUUUCCACUCUGGGUCUGGAGGCUGGCGCCUAAGCCCGCCUCCUCGCAGCAAAGAGGCGCAGAAGGCCAGGCUGAGCGCUUUCCCUCGCUUUCCCUCCUAAUCUUUUCCCUUCUCCCUCUUCUUUCUUUACUUCCUUUCUCCCCUUCUUCCUUUCUCCUCGAGGCUCCCUUCGCCGAAGAUGGCCGGGCAAAGCAUCGGCGAGGCCCCCAACCCAGCAGAGGCGCCGCGACGCAGCCGUGGCCGAGGGGUCGUGAUUUCAGAUGAUUGGCCAGGAUAUAGUUUGGAUCUGUUUACAUAUCCACAGCACUACUAUGGAGAUCUUGACUAUGUGCUCAUACCACAUGGGAUCAUUGUUGACAGGAUAGAACGUUUGGCCAAAGAUAUCAUGCAAGAUGUUGGAUACAAUGACAUUGUGGUUCUCUGUGUGCUUAAAGGUGGCUACAAAUUCUGUGCUGACCUUGUGGAGCAUAUUAAGAAUCUCAGUAGAAAUUCGGAACGGUUCAUCUCCAUGAAAGUUGAUUUUGUCAGGCUGAAAAGUUAUCGUAAUGAUCAAUCCAUGCAAGAUACGCAAAUCAUAGGAGGGGAUGACUUUUCAAAGCUGUCUGGAAAGAACGUGUUAAUUGUGGAGGAUAUCAUCGGAACUGGAAGGACAAUGAGAGCCCUCCUAAAUAAUAUAGAAAAAUGUGAGCCUAGAAUGGUUAAAGUGGCAAGCUUGCUGCUGAAGAGGACAUCUCAACCUGAUGGGUACAGACCUGACUAUUAUGGAUUUGAAAUUCCAAAUUUGUUUGUGGUGGGCUAUGCCUUAGACUACAAUGAGUACUUCAGAGAUCUUAAUCACAUAUGUGUUAUCAAUAACCACGGGAAAGCCAAAUAUAGAGUCUAAAAUGGAAGCGGUUGGCUUGAACUGGAAGACUGGAUUGCCCACUCGAAACAUUUCCGGAAGAACAAUUCAGUUGACAUCCAUCUCAUCCUGCCUGGACUAAUUAACUGACAUCCUCUUCUCAAGAAGGACUUCCUCAGAUUUUGUUGUAGUGGCUUCACUCCCAUUUAUGAACACUCUAGGUUUAACAUUCUAGGAGCAAGAGGAAGACAGAGAAGUCCUUAUUUUUCUUCAAAUAGUUACGUUAAAAACACAGAAGGUUGUUUCUUUAUCCCAUGAACCCACAUAACAAGCACCUUCAUGAACUGAGAGUACAACAGUAUUGUUGUCCAAAUACUUCCCAAAGUUUUGUGGAAUCUUUGCAGGACUUGAUGCAUCCUGAUAGUGCAAUUUGUUACCUCCAGCUGUUUCAAAUACAUUCAAAUGCCUUCAUUUUGGUAUUUCUUUAAAGCCCUAUGAGGUAGGUUAGGCUGACAAAGACUGACUUCCAAAGCACCCAGUGGGCUUCAUACUGCCACCUUUGAAGCACUACUUUUUGUUCAGCGAAUUAAUUGUACAGUCUGCCCACCUCAGAAGAGGCAGACUGUAUGUAGACUGAAAGUAUGAUCUCACCCAAGGAAGCCAUCCACCUGUUUUUAUUUUUCUUUUCAAAAAAUUUCUCUAUUUCACUUAGUGACUGGAUCCUUGAAGGAGAUUGUGAACAGAUUACAUGAAAUAUAAUCAAGAGUGCACUGGUUUCUACAUUCUUCAGAUUUUCAUCACUUGGUAUAAAAUUUAAUACUGCUAGAGAAACAAAGAGCUUAUUGUAAAUGCUACUUCUAUGAUCCCAUUUACACCCACAUCAAGCCCAUGAAGUAAGAUGGGCUGACCAGUGAAGAUCAGCCAAUGAGCAUCAUUUAAGUGAGGAAUUAAACCAUGAUCUUCUUGGUCCAGCA